AUAUAUUGUGUCUCCUACUUCACUGAUGCAUUGCUUCGUUUAAUCUGCACAGGAGCUCAACGGAUCUACGGGAAAUUGGAGCCUACUGUCAUUGAUGAUGAAUUACUAACAACAGCGUGCUUUGCCCAGGGACCAACAGGCGAAGCUGGAAAAUUGGCCGAAGCCGAAGGAAUUGCUUUUGCUUCAGUAAAACAGUUAUCACUAGCAUACAACAAUAUUUUGAAAAUUGGCGGAAUCGAGGAAUUAGUCAAUAUUACAACGUUGAAAUUGGACAACAAUAUAAUCGAGAAGAUUGAAGGGCUGGAUUACCUUGUCAACAUUAAAUGGUUAGACUUGUCCUUCAACAAAAUCAGCAAGAUAGAGAACCUGGAAAAUCUUGUUAACCUCGAGGACCUCAGCCUCUUCUGCAACAGCAUUUCAGUAAUUGAGAAUCUGGACCAAAAUGAAAAGCUUCGGUUUCUUUCUCUCGGUAGAAACAACAUAAACAAUCUGAAAAACAUUCUGUAUCUGCGACAGUUUAAACAUCUAGAUUGCCUUACCAUCGAGCAUAAUCCGCUGUGCGACGAAGAAGGCUAUGAGAAUUAUAUAUUCGCUUUUCUUGGGAAGUUAACGUAUCUCGACUACAAAUACAUUCUGCCUCAGUGGAGAGCUAAAGCUUAUGACAAGUACCAGAUUGCAGUCGACCAAAUGAACGAAGCGCAGCUAGAAUAUGAAGAAAAACUGGUAGAAGCCCACAAGAAAGCACUAUUUUUGGAAGAAUGCAGAAAGGCCUUCAUUGAUGAAAUAAUUGGCGACAACCUAUUUAAUGCAAUGUUCAAGAAGGACAAGGAUGGACAGACGCUUAUCAAGCUCUCGUCAGUGGCAGAGUUGGUCGAACAGUAUCCUUUUCCCUUGCCCCCAAAUAUUUCAUCUUUUGUUUUACCUUCAUAUGCCUGCAAACAACUCUUCCUGACAGGACAAGAAGAAUAUCAGAAGCGAAAAAGCGAGGAAGACUGCCUUCGUUCGUGCAUAGAGGAUGCAAAACAAGAUAGCAAAAGAAGGGCUUUAGAGUCAAUUGAGCAAUUCAAAGAAACGAAAAAGGCGAUCAGGAAAAAGCUUGAUGACCUCUACCAGGACUCUUUUCCCGAGGUUGCGGAAGCCCUGUUGUCCGAUCUUCGUCAAGCAAUCUACGAACUGUGGAAUGAUCUUAUGGGAAAUGAGGUUUCAUUGGUUGACCAGCUUGAAGAAAUCAUCACCGACUUCGGAAGAAAUAUGUCGGAAAUGGUUUCUCAAUUCACUGAAAGUGUGCAGGUUUGCUUCUCGAAAGUUCGGGAGUCAGCUGGCAGCUUUAACGAGAGAUUGGCCGAAAUGACUCUAACCUACGCCGAAAGACUAGCUAAGGCGGAACAGCCACAGAAGACUGACCCCGAAUCUUCCAUCUAUUUGGACAGAGACAACUUGGUAAGCGCUCUCAACAAUUCAAAGGAAGUUCACGUAGCGGUCAUUGACAAAUGUGAGGAAAAUGUCAACAAGAAUUUGAAGCAGUGGCUGGAGAACCUAAUUGAAGAUUUGCAUCAAAAAGAGGAAUAUGAACGGCAUACCAAUCGAGUGAUCGAAAUAAAUAUGUAUAUUGACGACCAAAGGGUCGAUCUGGAGACCAAUGAGCUGCCUCUGAUAUAG